CAUCACAACCACCACCACCACCACAACUACAACUACUACAACUACAACAACUAUAAUAAGUACAAGCACCAACAGCUACAACAACAACAACAACAACAACAACAACUACAACGACAACGAUAUCAUCAACGACGUCAAUUGCGACGAUGGCUGCCAUAAACACGGUACCAAAGAGCAUACAUUUGCCUUUGACGAGUCUCAGCAGUGCGCCGCGUGUGUUGAUGUGCAGCGCCUCCGUGGGCACUGAAGCUUCUGUAACAUUGCAACUAAGAGAUGCAAACAGCAGCACUGGUGGCAGCAGCAGCAGCAGCAACAGCAUCAGUAGUACAACAACUAAAACAGCAACAGCAACAGCAACAACAUCAACAUCUGCUGCAACAGCAACAGUAUCUUCAUCAUCAUCCCAACCAGCAGUAUCAUCAUCAGCGCCAGCGCCAACGUCAUCAUCAUCAUCAGCAUCAUCUUCCCCAAGUAGCAGCAGUAGCAGUCAGCAAACUCAAACCAAUGGCGUCACAGCGCCAGCCACGUCGUCGUCGUCGUCAGCAACAUCAACGACAACGUCGGCAUUAGAGAAUGCAUUGACCAUUGGCUAUCCGGAUCCGGAAAUGUUGGCAGAUGUUUUGGGCACCAUACAGACAGCUUCCCUCAAGAACAACAACAAUAACAGCAACAGCAGCAGUAACAAUAAUACAGUAACAGGAGCAACAUUAAGCAAUAGUCUUGGAAAGUCAAGCAAUGGCAAUCAUUUAAGUAAUCCCAACAAGAUAACCAUUACCAGACGGAGUGUGCAAACAGUCAGCACAUCAACCAACACCAAUUCCACUGGCAAUACCAAUAGCAAUAGCAACAUCAGCAGCAGUACCGGCAACAGCAACAGCAACAGCAACGGCAACGGCAACGGCAGUAGUGGCAAAACCAAUACUAGCUAUAUUAAAAACUGUUUGAUACGCAGCAGCAGUUGCAGCAACACGGCCACAAAUGUCACGACUCUGGCACAGAUUAUGAGCAAUAGUAGUACCAGCAGUGCAGCCAGUUUACUUAAUCAGCAUAAUAACAAUAGCAACUGUAGCAAUAGCAGUAACUUUAGCAACGCCUCAUCGGUUGGCAGCAGCAUUAGCAUUGGCAGCAACAGCAGCAGCAACAGCAACGACAGCAACAGCAGCAGCGGCGGUGGACAUAGUUUGAGUUUUAAGAGCAAUGGUAGACAUGUUCCUGGCAGCAGCAGCAACAAUAGUAACAGCAUUGGCGGGCUAACCGCAUCGUCAGUAUCCGCAAAUACCGCAUCAACAACUGGCAUUGGCAUCGUCAGUGUUGAAGCCCCGAAAAAGAAUCGCCCCAAAUUAUCCUCACCAACACGCCACGGACCGCAACAGUGCCAGAUUUGCUGCAAAAUCUUUGGAAAUGCUUCGGCGUUGGCCAAGCACAAACUGACGCACAGCGACGAACGGAAAUACAUUUGCGCGCUUUGCUCUAAGGCAUUCAAGCGGCAAGAUCACUUAAACGGACAUAUGAUGACUCAUAGGAAUAAGAAGCCUUACGAAUGUAAGGCAGAUGGCUGUGGCAAAUCCUACUGUGAUGCUCGCUCAUUGAGACGUCAUUCGGAGAAUCAUCAUACUGGAUCUGGCACGUCCACAACCAGCACUAGCACCAACACCAGCAAUAUCAAUCAAUCGCUCUCGCCCAUCGCCAGUUCGAGUGGAGCCAGCUGCAGUAGCAGCAGCAGCAGCAGCAAUAGCAGCAACAGCAGCAUGGGCGUUGGCAUGACAAUGGGCGUGGCAACCAGUACACUCAGCCUGUCACCGGCCACAGCCAGCGGGGAUGCCAGCUCUCCAGAUGGUGCCACCUGUAUACGCACUUACAUUUCCACCGGCAGCUCUGUGGUCGAUGCAGCUACAGGCAUCGCUCUUUCCGAUGAGCAAAUCAAGGCCAUGAACUUGCCGAUUAAGACCGGAGUGACGCUUCUCUCGCCCACCACAUCGACAUCCUCGAUUGCCUCGUCCAACGCGUCAUCAUCAACGUCGUCGUCGUCAUUGGCAUUAGUGUCGGCAUCCUCGACAACAGCCAUGGCUCCAUCCUCGGGACCGGGUACAUUAAUUGCCACUUCGCCAACCAUAACCCUGGCUGAUGGCAGUAGCCUGGAGGGUGAGGGUCUCACACGCGAACAACUGGAUCUCAUUAGCAAGAUAAUGCAGCAGACAAAGCAAACGAGUGCCCAGGUGACUGUGUCCUCGCCCACCAGCAUUAGCUCCUACAAAAUCAACACAAACUCAGCGCCAACACAAUCCAGGCCACGCACUUGGAACAUGCAAUUGCUCAACAACUCACAGAAUGUCACAGUCACCGUUGAGGAUGGUACAGAUUUGGUUCCCUCAUCCUCAUCCUCCUCCAGUUCGCCGGUCGAGGUUAAAGAGGAGGAGCUCAGUCCACAGCUGGUGGCGGCCAUCAAUCCGCAUCUGUUGAAUAUUGUCAAACUGGACAAGCCAGUCGAGUGCAAUUUGUGUCACCGAAAGUUCAAAAACAUACCUGCCCUCAAUGGGCAUAUGCGUUUGCAUGGCGGCUACUUUAAAAAGGAUGCCGAAAGCAAACGCAAUGAGAAAAAGGACUCCAAUGGACCGCCACUGCAGACAGCUAGCAUUGGGGUACGAGCCCUGAUUGAGGAGAAGAUUAUUAGCAAGCGCAAGGAUAUAAACAAGGGUUCUUUUGUGGUCCCCGCCCCGCCAAAUAGUAAUUGCGCUACAACCACAUUGAGACGUUCGAUCAGUGAUCUGGAGAGUUUUCUCAAUCCCAAGAGUAAUGCGAACAGUAUAAAUAAUGUCACGCCCACCACUACAACCGUUUUGCCAGCUGCCACCACAAUUAAGAGCAGCAAUGGUCUGAGUAUACAACAAAUUGGACUGCCACAGAGUAUUGAGAUCUUCAGCGGUGGACAGAAACAAUCGAAAACACUAAAUCUCGGCGGUGGCAGCAAUACGAUAACCAUAACCACCAACAAUGUGCCCACCACAACCACAAUGAGUGCAUUGACAGCCCUGAAAGCUGGCGGCACAUUCAGCGGAGUAUCAGCGUCGGCAUCCACCAAUACGGAUCCCAAGGAUUCCACUUUGAUUGAGCUACUUAAGCGAGGGACACGCAUAGCGGUGACUUCGAAGAAAUCAUCCCAAACAUCUCACACACAAAUGCAGGCCCAGAUUCAGACACAAACUGUUGGCGCCCCUAUAGCCGGAGGGGGGACUCUUACCGAACUGACAGGAAUCGGUUCGAAUAGUCGUCAGAUUAUCACCAAUAAUAAUCGCACUGUGAUCAUACCAUCCGACGUCCAAGUUGUAUCCACCAAGAGCAAACUGAACACCCUUUCGAGUCUUGUGAGGGCCAGCAGCAACAUUGGAGGCGGAAACACUAUGACAAACGGCAACAAUAACAACAACAACAUUUCAUGUCCAACUAAUAGCAUUUCCCUACCGGAUGGUACACCAUUGUCUUUGACAAUUGCUCCCAGCCAAGACGGCACAAGCACUUUGACAGGCGCUCCAACUGGCGGUGUUAUUACCAGCGGAGGUAAUGGUGUCUAUACUGUGACUUAUACCAGCGAUGGAACCGAUCUCUUCGAUGAUGCCGAAGUCUACAAUGUUACCGACACAGAGAUGCUCCUGCAGACGGUUGAUACCAUGGAGUUGCUCAAUAAUGAAGAGGAUGACGACGAAGAUGCCCAGAUGAAGAGCGAACAUUCCGAAGAGUUUGCCCUACUCAGCGAGGCCGGCGAUAGUGCGCAUACGCAGCUGGUCAAGCUGGAGGCAGACAAUACAAAUAAUGGGACAACAACCACAACAACAACAACAACGGCUCUGCCCACCUUCCAGCAAUUCCAUUCCAAGGAGCUAAUCAUGCAGAAUAGCUCUCAGAUCCAGGCCAUAGCCAGCAUGCGUGUUGGCAGUGUGUUGACAUCGCCAAUACACUCACCAUUGGCCUAUCCCACACCACCGUCUAGCCAUGAGAAUAUGGCCCAAUCUUCGCCGUUCAUUGAGGAUGCAGCUGCCCAGUUUGUGGAUGCUACACACACUUUCUUUGGCGAUAAAACAGACUUUUCGCACAUCUAUUUCAAGACCGACGAUGGCCAAGAGACCCAUGAGCAACUGAGUGCCAACGAUAAUGAAAAGAUUCUCAAGUUGAAAUCUGUGCUGGAGGAGAGCAGUUUUGAUCCAUCGAUUAAAGUAGAAGAUCUAUUGAAUGGCACUGAAGAUGAUACCGAGUGUGAUUUGCGUGAGUUUGCCGAGACGAAUCUUUCGUUUCUUGACGAGGAUCAAGAGUUUCUCAAUGAUUCGCGUAAUGCCACAUCGCCACUAUCCGAGUCCUUUUUCACCAGCGGCAUUGGUUCUGCAGAGGAUGUAAAGCAAGUUUUGCGAGAGGUGUUGCCCGAUGAGAAUAUGCAAUUGCAAUUGUCAAGCGAGCAACAGGGUGAGAAUAUUAUCGAUCUCUAUUAUUUGCCUGGCUUGGCUCUUCAAUCGCAGAUGAUGCCCAAUUCCGAGGAUCCAUUGUUGUCGUCGUCCCCGCGUGAAUUUGGACAGCAGCGACAAUUGGGCUUACAGCAGCAGCAGCAGCAAACAGCAGUUGAUCAACAACUCUAUGAGCAGCCGAAUGAAUCACAACAACAACAACAGCAGCAACAAGCACAAUUACAGCCACAAUUACAACAAGAACAGCAGCAACAGCAACAACAUCAAGAACCACAACAACAACAGCAGCAGCAGCAGCAGCAACAACAACAUCAACAACUUUUACUUCCUCAGCAAACAGAUUUUAUUAUGCCCUUGGUUAGUGGUCAAAAUUUUGCUCCUGUUGCCAAUCAACCACAAUUUUUGGAUACCAAUCAACAGUCAAUGACUCUCAAUAGUAUCCUGCAACCAUUGCUCUAUUGUGGUAAUACCGUCAAUGGCAAUGGCAAUGGCAAUGAUGCCAUGCUUGUAACAGACUGCCAAACGAAUGCAUCCCAGCCACAAAGCAGCCUAGAGGCAAGUCUGCUCUUCACCUGCGGCUCCACAACUAUUGUCAACAACAACAUUAACAACAAUAACAACAACAACAAUAAUAAUAGCAGCAACAGUAUGAACAACUGUAAUUCCACUCUAGGCAGAACUCUAAUGGGCACUCUGCCACCCACAUUAAUGCCAGCGCCACUUGCACCAGGCGUAUCAAAUUUACAGCCCUUGUCGAAUCAAACAAAUUCCAUACUAAAACGUCGCCUACGCUCGAAUGUAUCGCAGGAGACACACAAAUUCUCCAAAUUCCAUACCCUUUCACCGCACCGUUCCAAGUUGCGGAAACCAUCGCGUACCCAUUAUACACCAGCACCCAUGCUCAAUCCGGACCGUAAGGGCACCGGACUCUAUUGCAAUGUUCGCAAACAAAUGGGUCAGAAUUCGAUGUUCGAUGGAUUCGACGAUGAUUUCGGUGAUCCGGUGGGUUUGGUCGAUUUCUCUGACGAGUCAAAGGUGAAUUUAGGCUCGACAUAUCAGGCUCAGAUACCUGCCUGUAAACCAUUUGAGGAGGCGGCCCACGAUACACUUGGAGCUGAAAUGAUGUGGGAUCCCGAAAUACAGGAAGAUGAGAAAAUAUUAAUGCGCUAUAUAGAUCUGAGUAAAUCAUCAGCCGUACCCAUGGGCAGUCAUUCCGAGGAGGUAGCUCUGCAAACCUUACUCAAAUCGAAGGGAAAUUCGGCAGCGGCUGUCCUCAUUCUGCUUCAGACGCAGUCCAAUGCAUUCCAAAUGAAGUGGACGGCCAUCGAGUUGGAGCAUUUUCUGCGUGGUCUGGAAAAGCAUGGCAAGAAUUUUGGCAAAAUUGCCAAUGAGCUUGUCACCAAAUCUUCUGGCGAAUGUGUGCAAAUGUAUUAUUUCUGGAAGAAACUCUGCGUCGAUUAUAAAGUGUCACAUUUGAAAAUGGAAGCAGUUGCCCAUAGCACACCAGCCAUAGAGAAGCCCUAUGUAUGCGAAAUAGCUGAUUGUUCGGCGAGCUUUACUUCGAAAGCGGCGCUGCACGGUCAUGUACGCAUACACGCUUAUGGUCGUAACAACAACAACAACAACAACAACAACAGCAAUAGCAACAACAACAGCAACAACAACAACAACAACAACAGUAAUCAGCAUGCCACAGCAAAUGUAAAUGCAAAUGCCAGUUGCAACAACAACAACAACAAUAGCAACAGCAAUACAACUUACGCAUGCGCGCCUCAAACAGCAAACAAUGCAACUGCAACAUCAGCAGCAACAUCCACAGCAACAUCCGCAGCAGCAACAACAGCAACAGCAUAUUCUAAUAGCAACAAUAAUUCAAAUACAGCCAAUGCCAAUGCAACAGCAUCCACAGCAACAUCCAAGUCAGACACAGGCAAUAAUACCAACGCCAGCGGCAACACCAAGGACGGUGAUUUCCCCUGCAAGGUGUGCGGCAACGACGAGUCACAGUUCGAAAAUAGAAGCAAUCGUAACUGAUAUCAUCAGCACGGCAAACUUGCUAUGAAUGAGCCAAAAUUUAGCAAGCCAAGCAAACGCUGGCCAAAUCUUCGAGUCUUCAAUAAGGUCAAGAGUCGUAGUGCUCAUAUGAAAACGCAUCGUGUACAGGAGCAGGAUAAUCAAUCUGCCAAUACAAAACAACAACAACAACAACAGUUAAAUGCAAUUCCAGUAGCAGCCGCAGCAUCCGCAUCCGCAUCAGCAUUGAUUACGGCAUCUGCAUCCGCAUCGGCAACCAUAGCGAUUAUCACAACAUCGUCGUCAUAGACAUGGAUAUAGAAAAUUUGAUUUGAAAUUUGAUUGACAAUCGCGUUAAGCAAGCAGCCAAGCAUUGUUUACCACAUUUAGAAUUUAAUAAUAUAUAGUAAACAAAACCCAUGACAAAAAAAAGAAGCCAAAA